AUUUACUCAUCUGUGAUUUGUUACUUCAUUACAAUGUUAUCCAUCACAAAAGUGUUAAUUGUGAUUUUGAUUUCAUUCAUGUUCUUGCGGGUUGAUUCGCAGCGGCCUUUAGCAACAUGGCUGACUGAAGAUGGCAAACUGCCUAGAUACAAAGACGGAAAGCCCAUCGGACCCAGCGUGGCACAGCCCGUCGUGUUCAGCGCCGCACAGCCGUCCGGUGGCGGCCUGACAAUCGGCAACUACCUCGGGGCCCUGCGUCACUGGGCGAAACUCCAAAAGGACUACGACUGCAUAUUCUGCAUCGCCGAUCUCCACGCCAUCACCAAGCACCAGGAGCCUGCAGAGCUCCGCAAGGCGACACUGGACACCCUGGCCAUCUACCUCGCCAGCGGGAUCACCCCGAAGAAAAGCACCAUUUUCCUACAGUCCCAGGUACCGGAGCACGCCCAACUCGCGUGGGUUCUCAACAACUACGCUUAUGUCGGGGAGCUGAACCGGAUGACGCAGUUUAAGGAGAAAUCUGUGAACCACGGGGAGACCAUCACCGCAGGCUUGUUCGAAUAUCCGGUUCUCAUGGCUGCUGACAUCCUCCUAUAUCAGGCCAAUAAGGUUCCAGUAGGCCUGGACCAGAAACAACACCUGGAGCUGUGUCGCGACAUCGCGAAACGCUUCAACUUGGCGUACGACACCGACUUGUUCCAGAUCCCGGAACCACUGGUCCCCGCAGGUGCCGAGGGCAGCCGUGUGAUGUCCCUUCUCAACGCCACGAAGAAGAUGUCCAAAUCGGACCCCAACCCCAACAACGCCAUCUUCCUCCUGGACGACCCCGCGGUGGCAGCCAAGAAGAUCAAAGGCGCCGUCACGGACUCCGACAAUCCGCCCGUGGUCCGCUUCGACGUCGUAAAAAAACCAGGGAUCUCCAACCUCAUCCAGAUCGUCGCCGGUAUCACCGAUUCCAGCAUCUCGGAGGUGGAGGAAAUGACCAAGGGAUUCAACUACGGGCGUUUCAAGUCUCAAGCCGCGGAGGACGUACUCUAUUGGUUGCAGAAUUUUCAGGAGGAUUAUCGACGCUAUAGGGAGAACAUAACCUAUUUGCAGGAGAUCCUCCAGGAGGGAAGGGAGUUCGCUCAUAAGAAGGCGCAAAAAACCUUGUACCAAGUUUUUGAGAAAGUCGGGUUCAUCACUACGCAUGUGGUGUUCUAGAUGUAAUUACGACCGUGCUUAGGAACACCGUAACAUUCGAAUGGUGCCAAAUUUCCCUCAAUAUAGUAUGUAUUUUUCAAACACACUGGAGAAAAAAAAACACGUUGGAUCUAGAGUCCAGACUCUUAAAAACAUCGACA